AUAAAAAAAAAAUUUAAUUUUUUUUUUAAAAAAAAAGUCUUUUUUUCUCGUUAUCGUUAACCCGCAAUAAUAAUAAUAAAUUUUAUAUUCAUCAUGUCAUAUAAUACCGAAACUAAUGAAUGGGUUAAUUGGGUUGAGGAAGCUAUUUCUAAGAAGCGUAUUGUACAUUACGAAUAUGAAUAUUUUAGGAAUAUUAAAGAAAUUGGUACCAGUGACCUUGGGAAAGUUUAUCGUGCAAAUUGGAAAAAUAAUUUUCAAUUUUUUGGAUUGAAAUCUCUUUCUAAUAUUAAUGAUAAUGCCAUUAAAGAAAUUAUUAAUGAGCUUGAACUUUAUCGUAAAAUUGAUUCUCAUGAAAAUAUUAUUAAUUUUUACGGGAUCACCAUUGCGGAUCAAGAAAUAUUUAUUGGUAAUGGAUUAUAUUGAAGGUGAAACUCUUGAAGAAUAUUUAAAGGAAAAUUUUCAUAAUCUCACAUGGAGAAAAAAAUCCGAUUUAGCGUACCAAUUGGCUCGCGUUGUUUCGUACUUGCAUCACAAAGGAAUCACACACCGUGACCUGAAUUCUGGUAAUAUAAUAGUUUAUCAAAAUACCGUCAAGAUAGCUGAUUUUGGGUUGUCAAAACGAAUUAAGGAAGCGACAUCUAAGAAGAAAAUAGAUUUAUUCGGCGUAAUUCCUUAUAUUGAUCCAAAAAGAUUCGACAAACAAUUGUAUCCAUUAGAUGAAAAAAAAAGUGAUGUAUACAGUGUUGGAGUGCUCUUAUGGGAAAUAUCAAGCGGAAAGCCUCCCUUUUAUGUAGAAGGUCAACCAUAUAAUAAUAAUUUGGCUGUAAAAAUUUUACAAGGUUACAGAGAACCAAUUGUUCCUGAUACUCCUGCAGAUUAUGUUAAACUAUAUACUGAAUGUUGGGACGGCGAACCAGAUAAUCGACCAUCUAUGAACAAUGUUGUUAAUAGAUUAAGAAUAAUUAAUUUACAAUCAGGUGCGAGGAAAACGAGUGUAAAUAACCAAUUAACGAAUGAACGUACGAAUUUAAACGGAAACGAAAAUUCAUCAAAUAAUAUAUCAUAUCAAAUUAUUGUUAAUAAAACAACAGAAUACAUAUUUGAGACGAUAAAUAAAGGAUUAUUAGGAAAACUUCAUAUUCUUGAUUAUUUUAAAAAUAAUAAUAUCAAUUCACAAGAAAUUUAUGAUUGGUUAAUAAAUAAUCAGGAGAAUUCAAAUUCGAAUUUUUUAUUGGGAUAUUUUAAUUAUUAUGGAGUUGCAACGAAUGAAAAUCAUGAAGUUGCAUUUAAAUUAUUUUUAAAAGCGUCAGAAAAAGAUCAUAUAUUAGCACAAUCUUAUGUUGGUAAAUUUUAUCAAUAUGGAUUAGGAACAACAAAAAAUGAGAAAUUAGCUUUUGAAUAUUUUGAAAAAUUGGCAUAUAGGAAUUAUGCUAUAGGACAAGUAGAUAUUGGAUAUUGUUAUAGUCAAGGCGUAGGUACGGGAAAAGAUUCAAAUAAGGCCGUUUUUUGGUAUGAAAAGGCUGUAAAAAAUAAAAGUAUAGUAGCCAUGAGUAAUCUGGGUACUAAAUAUAAAAAUGGGGAAGGAAUUAUUAGAGAUGAUAAAAAAGCUUUUGAAUUGUUUAAAAAAUCAGCUGAAGGAGGUUAUUUAUACGGAAUGAAAAUGUUGGCAUAUUGUUAUGAUAAUGGAAUUGGAACAAAUAUCGAUAAGCAAAAAGCAACUGAAAUACAUCAAAAGAUUAUGAAUAAGAAAAAAAAUGAAUCUUCUGACGAGUUAACUCGUAAGUCAAAACGAGUCAAAGUUUAAUAUAAAUAUAAAAUAAUAUGAAAAUAUAUUUGAUAUUUUAUUAUGAUAAGUUUUUUACGUUAUUUACGUUAUUUACGAAUAUUAAGUUCAAAAUAUUUAAUAAUAAAAAGAAGUAAAAAAAAAAAAUAUUAAAAUAAUAAAAUU